CGGCAAUCUGCUCGCUAGCCGGAUUCGUUGGUAGUCGUAGUGACCAACCUGCGUGGCCUUGGAAGUGGAGCGAUAUUUGACAACAACGAGACAAACGGACGGACGGACGGUUUCGGUUCGUGGAGCCGGCAUUCUGUCGCUCAGUUCGGGGCCAAAGUUCUAGCGAGCAGCAUCACCAGUUCCUCGUCAGUGUUCCGUGUCAGUGUCUUCUUUUCUUUCAUUUUAUAACCCUGUUGGUGUCACAAAAUGGCGAAUCCUAAGCAAGAAAUCAAAUAUACCAAGCUGUUCAUCAACAAUGAGUUUGUGGAGGCGAAGAGUGGCAAGAGCUUCGCGACACUUAACCCGGCCACCGGUCAACCGAUCGUAAGCGUCGCCGAAGGAGACAAGGAGGACGUCGAGGUGGCGGUACGUGCGGCAAAGGCAGCCUUCGCACGGAACUCUCCCUGGCGGCAGAUGGAUGCUUCGGCCCGGGGACGACUGUUGAACCGGCUGGCCGAUCUGAUGCAGCGCGAUACGGACACGCUGGCCAAUCUGGAGUCACUGGACAAUGGCAAAACGUUCGGUGAUUCCGUGUUCGACAUCGGGUGCGCCAUCGAUACGUUCCGGUAUUAUGCCGGUUGGGCGGACAAGAUCCACGGUAGUACGGUGCCAUCGGAUGGCCCGGUUUUGACGUACAUCCGGAAGGAACCGGUCGGUGUGGUCGGUCAGAUCAUUCCCUGGAACUAUCCGAUCUUGAUGCUGACCUGGAAGUGGGCACCGGCACUGGCGGCCGGCUGCACGCUGGUCCUGAAGCCGGCCGAACAAACGCCACUGAGUGCGCUGUACAUGGCGGCCCUAUCGAAGGAGGCCGGAUUCCCGGAUGGAGUUAUUAACGUGGUGAACGGAUACGGACCAACGGUCGGUGCUGCUCUUGUGGCGCAUCCGGAAAUCCGCAAGGUCGCCUUUACCGGUUCGGUCGAGACCGGGCGUCUCAUCCUGAACGGUGCAUCGACCUCCAACCUGAAGAAGGUAUCACUCGAGCUCGGUGGCAAGAGUCCACUCGUCAUCUUCAACGAUGCCGAUCUGGAUGAAGCGGUCGAGAUUGCGCAUAAUGCCAUCUUUGCCAACCACGGACAGAACUGUUGCGCCGGUAGCCGGACGUUCGUGCAGGAAGGCAUCUACGAUGCGUUUGUGGCGAAGGCCGCCGAGAUGGCGCGCCAGCGGAAGGUUGGUGACGCGUUCCAGGAGGGUGUCCAGCAGGGUCCACAGGUGGAUGACGAUCAGUUCCGUAAGGUGCUGGAGUAUAUCGAAUCGGGACAGAAGGAGGGCGCUAAGCUGCAGGCCGGUGGUAAGCGUUUCGGGUCCGUUGGAUACUUCAUCGAACCGACCGUUUUCUCGGACGUCGGCGAUGGGAUGCGGAUCGCGAAGGAAGAGAUCUUUGGACCGGUCCAGAGCAUUCUGAAGUUUCGCACGUUGGACGAGGUGAUCGAACGGGCUAACGCGACCGAGUACGGACUGGCGGCCGGUGUCGUCACCAAGGACAUUAACACCGCCAUCACCUUCACGAACGCGGUUGAAGCAGGAUCCGUGUGGGUCAACUGCUACGACUACGUGGUACCGACGACGCCCUUCGGUGGUUACAAGCAAUCCGGUAGUGGCCGCGAACUCGGUUACAGUGGUAUCGAGCUGUACUUGGAGACCAAAUCCGUCACGAUCAAGCUACCGACGAAGGUGUGAGAAGAUCCGACCUUCACCGGAUCGGAUGGUGAGGAAGGAAUCCAAUAAAGCCCGAAUUCAUCC